UCCGCGACACGGUACAUGGUAGCUGCAUCAGCAUAGAUCAACCGAGGAGCUAUUCCCUGCUUUUAAUAGCACUGUGAGCGAGCCUGGUCUACUUCAGUUCGCAGCGCACCGCCACAGUCUGUACACACAACUCGAAUAAGAUGGCGUCCGUGCGGGACACCGCCGAUGUGGACACGACCAAGCCGUCCCAACAGCCAUGUUCCGAAAACCCUACCAGAUCAAAAUACACCUUUGAUACAGAGGAAAUACCCAGACUAAGCUGCAAGGAUCCCCUGGCCGAGAAGCUCAUGGCAAAUGAGAGGCCAGUUGUGCUGACAGACACAAACCUUGUCACCUCAGCUCUACACUGGACCAUUCCAUACCUUCAGGAGAACAUCGGAAGCUGUGACUUCUCAGUGUAUUCUUCCACCAAUAAUAAGUUUAAGUAUUAUGAUGACAAGAAAAUUCGAUCAAACAAGGACUUUAUUCCUCCUACUCGUCGCACGGAAAUGAAAUUUCCAGACUUUGUGAACGCCGUGAAUGCAGCAGCUCCUGGGAAAGACAGAUUAUAUUUACAACAAACAUUGAAUGACAGUGUUGGACAAAGAAUAGUGUUUGACUUCCUCAAUUUCAAUUGGAACUGGAUAAAUGAACAGCAGAGGAAAUAUAACUGGGGUCCUUUGACAUCAAACCUGCUGCUUGUUGGAAUGGAAGGGAAUAUUACCCCAGCCCAUUAUGAUGAACAACAGAACUAUUUUGCUCAAAUAGGAGGCUAUAAGAGAUGUAUUUUAUUCCCACCUGAGCAGUUUGAGUGCCUGUAUCCGUACCCAGUACACCAUCCUCAUGACAGGCAGAGCCAGGUAGACUUUGAUAAUCCAGAUUUUGAAAAGUUCCCAAAGUUCCGAAAUGUUAAGGCUGUUUCUGCCUUGUUGGGACCUGGAGACGUGCUGUAUAUUCCUAUGUAUUGGUGGCACCAGAUAGAAUCUGUGGAGGGCCAUGGCAUGACCAUUUCUGUCAACUUCUGGUACAAGGGAGGGGCAACAACAAAGGUGGAAUAUCCUUUGAAACCUCAACAAAAAGUGGCUGUGAUGAGAAACAUUGAAAAAAUGAUAACAGAGGCUUUGAAUGAUCACCAGGAGGUGGCUCCGUUUAUGCAGACCAUGGUUCUGGGAAGGUACCUGCCAACCAAUCCAUCUACCUGACUUGUUGAUCCACUACAUAUCUACAUAUCCUAUGCCAAAGACUGUCUCCCGUGUUAAAUUAAGUGAAGAUGUGCUGACAUAGUUUCACCUAGUGUUGACAAACUUAUGAAUGUCUGUGGCUAACGAUUGCCAGGUGUACCAUGUGGUACCAGAAACCAGAUUUAUAACCUAAAAACCAGUUGUAUGGCUGGAUAAUCAUGAUGUAUUACUCAAGCCCUCUGGUUUGCUCCACCCGUAAAACUGACCGCCAUUGUAGAAGUGAAAAAUUCUUGAGAAACAAAUAAAUAAAAUGAAUAAAUUUAUGAAAAUACAAAUAAAUAAAAUAAAUAAAUGAUAUUCUAAUGGAUACAUAUCACAGUAUAGAAUGCUAGGUAGAUUGCUGAAUUCCAUAAACAAAUAUUUGCUGAUACAUACAAUUUGUAUGACACAACUGGAGUCUUAGCUACAAACUGACCCAAAAGUGAACACUGGGUUAAUCUGUUACACCUGUGUUCCAGUUGUGAUUUGAGCUUCAAAUAACAGAAUUAUGAACAGCAGAUAUAGCACUGAACACUGGCCACAGAUACAUUUCCUGGGAAGUCAGUCUAAUUGAGAUCUGUGCUUGUAUAUUAGGAUAUAUAUAAAUCUUAAAACCUGAUGUAGACAAACCUUAACCUUGGGCUAACUGGUGCAGGUGCCAUUUGAUUUUAACUGUUUUUUUUCUGACAUGCCAUUCCUGUUGAUGUAAAUCUUAUAGUGUUAAUUUAUUGUGAUAUGGUUUAAAUGUUGGCUGUAACAUUCUCUGCUGCAGGGCCAGGGUACACCCAUUCCUGUUUGCCCACGUGCUAUAUUGCUUCCUGUUAAGUCAGUGCCCAUGAAAGUCAGAAACGUGGUGGAAUGUAAUCUGUAGCCAAGUAAACUUUGAUAACCUUCGGUAAGAGAAAAAAAGUUGCCACCUGGUGAGAAAGUGUGCUUAUCGGCUAGGCGUACAGUGCUUUCAUUUUUUGGCUUUACAUGUAUGAUUGUAUUCUUGAAGUAUUUAGGGACACUUAUGGUUUGUGAACUGGUAUGCAGGGGAUGACAUUGUCCACCUCCUGUCCUUCAUGUAAAACAUGUGGACAUGCAGCAUUGAUUACUGUCUGCUUGUGCGUGGGGAAUAUGUAGUUGUUGCCAGGUGUAAAAGUCAUUGAAGUGUCUGCUACAUGUAUCAAUGCAAAAAUCCUUUACAGCAGACGUUGCAAUGUGCAUACAUAUUAGUUUUGUUUUAUUCAUAAAUGUCAUAGAAAUUGCCUUGUCUGCAAACGAAAAGCCUUUGACACCUGUCUGUGAUUUGAAAUUUGAAAUCUUAUUAACUGUUCAAAAAUUGUCACCACUGUUUUGUAGUUAAGUACCUGACUGUAAUAGACGGCUACGGCCUGCUUUUAAGUAAUGUGCGUUUGAAUAUUUUGAUCAAUAAUUAUAUUUUUGUUGCGUUAGUUGUACAUGUAAGAGUUUAAGAAAGAUAGGCCAUAGUCUCAUGUUUGUCGUGUGCUAAUGUAGAGACCUGCAAUUGACUGACACAUGGUGUUGUAGAAGUUGUUGCUGGUUAGUAACAGCUAUGGUAUUCUUACUUGAUUGACAAUCAAUUUCUUGUUUAAAAAAGUCUAAAAGUAGAUUAGAUCUAUAUGUUAUGUGUGCAUCAAUGUUAAUUUGAUUCCAUAAAUUUCUAAAAUAGUUGUUAAAAGUCUGCAAGGCUUAUUCUCUUAAAUUGUUUUAAAACAGUCAUAAUUUUAAGGAUAUGUUAAAGGUUUGUUAUGCUACUAAAAGUAGAUGUAUUGUAAGAUUAUGGUGUUUCAUACUUGCUUAAGACUUAAGUGUAAUGUGUGCUUUUCAUGCAUUAGCCAUGUUAUUUGUACAGUUGAGGUUUUAAAUGUAGCUGCCAUUAAAUUAUUUUUAAAAUUUU